AUUCACCUUCUUACUUUCUAGUAACAAACAAAAACAGUUUUUUGUGGGCAUAAUUGACUGGCUUGUACUAUGAAGUUCUUAUUGUUUGGGUGUUAGAAGUUCAGAAUGUCUGGAAGCGAGGAUGAACAGGGAAGCAUACUUGCGGGUUUUUUGUUUGGAAACAUUGAUGAAGAUGGGAGGCUAGAAAAUGAUAUACUUGAUGAGGAAGCAAAGGAUCAUGUGGCACAACUUGCAAGUCUUGGUGUGGUAGGGAAUCUAGUGAAGGAUUUCAACGACCGAUCUAAUGAUGAUUCAUCAUUCAAUAGUAACACAAAUGAAAAAGAUUAUCAUCAAAAGGCAUUAGAUUGUGUUGAUUAUAGUACCAUUGAUGAACUUGCUGAGGAACAACCAGAAGUAGUUACAUCUGGAAAGCAUCUGAAUUUUGCUAAGAAUUUUCAAUCUCAAAGUGAUGAUUAUGAUAAUGACUACGAUGAUGAACAACCAUCAACAUCGUCCUCUUCACGUGCUGCAAAUAUCCCUUUACCAUCUAUCGUUCCCAAAGCUGAGACAAUGAAGUUGGAGCACCAGGAUGAUUUGGGUGAUUUGUUCUCACCAUCCAGUCCAAAAAAAAGUGCAAAAACAUUUGAAGACAGCCAAGCUACUGACUCCAAAACACCAGUGAUUAACCAAACUCAUCACACUGAGGAAGCUCAAAUUGAAGAAGCUCCUCCGCUAACAGGAUUAGCUUCAUUGGAGGGAAAAACAGUGAUAGAUCUAUUCCCUGAUUUUCGUCCUGGAAAGGUCCUCCGCUUUUCUCGAUUGUUUGGUCCUAAGAAGUAUGUUUCUGCACAAUGGAAAGGCUUGAAAAGAAAAAAAAGAAAAAGAAAAUUGUUGGGACUUGAGCCAACAGUAAAAGCAACUGGUUUUGAUUUAAGAUUUGCACCGCCACCUAAACCAGAGGAUUGUGAACCCAAUCAAUUAAUAACACAUCUUCAACCGAUACCUUUACACGCAUAUGGUGACCAAUACAAAUACUUGCAAGUAAAAGAAGACGAUUCCAAAGAAAUUGUAAAAGCUGAAGAAAUGAACGCUGAGUGGUUACUCGGCCCUGCUGCCUAUUGGUAUGAACUGAAUCACGAUAAAAUUGAAGCAGGAACCUUCCAGUACGGCUUCAAAGAAAAAAGUGAGCAACAAAAGAAAGAAGAAGAUGCUAAUGCGUCUAAAAUAGUACUACCUUCAGACGACCAUUUCAAUCUGGUUUGCUUAACACGGUGGGAAGAUGAGAUUAUAUGGUCAAAUGAGGAGCCUAAGCCAAAAGACAAUUCUGCAGCAAUUCGCAAACUUGCAGGAUGGAUUCCAUCUGGAAACGUGCGAACCAUGCAAGCAUAUCUAUCACAAUUUGCUAAUAAAGAUAAAGCAUCCACUGAUUCUAUAGUCUGUUCUAAUAUGUUGAAAAAUCUUACCAACCCAACUGGACCCAAGCUAAAUAAAGAUCCCAACAGUCAUAAACUAUCUGACUGGUAUAGUUUGUUCCCUGUUGAGAAUAGUAAACUGGUCUAUGAGAAAUGGGAAGAUAAGAUCAUUUGGGAUAAUGAAGCAGUGGAUACAAUGCCAAAGCCUGAGGUUUUUAAACUUGAUCCAAAUGAUGAGAAUUUGAUUUUGAGCCUACCUGAAGACGUUGAAACGAAGCAACAAAGCGAACAAGAAGAACAACUCACGAAGAAAGAGUAUAAAAGCAAGUCCAGAUUCAUGAAUAAAAAAAAUCAAGACCAGACAGAAGAGGAGACGUUAGUCAGAAGUACUCCAAAAGAUAUGUUUAAUCUUUCCAAUGAUGAAUAUUAUAUGCCUAAACAAGAUCGUGCUGAAAAUAAACUGCAAGCAGAUUUGAGUAGCCUUUGUAUACAGCAUUCGACUCCAGCAGUGGAACUUCGUCGUCCAUUUUUUCCAACUCAUUUCGCACCCGCUGAACUUCGUCUGUUUCAUCGCACGCAACUUUCAAAGAAGAAAUUGAGUGUCAAAAACAAACACGGUGGCUUCCAUGUUGUACACUCGUUGCAUAAACGCAUCAAAAAAAAAGCCAAGGAGAGAGAAAAAGAACGGCAAGCAUUUGGGGGUGGCGAAAUGUUUUUUAUGCGACAACCUCACGAUUUAAGUGCAAUGGAUGGUGUUCUUGUUUUCAUGGAAUAUUGUGAGGAGAGACCUCCAUUGCUUUCGCAGGCAGGCAUGAACACAAGGAUAAGGAAUUACCAUCGAAGGAAACAUGGAAAAGACGCUAAUGCUCCAACUCUGGAAUACGGUGAAAUCUCAUUUGUACAUCAUUCACCAUUUCUUGGACAGUUGGCGCAAGGUCAAGUGAUGCAGGCGUUAGAAAAUAAUUUAUGUCGCGCGCCAUUAUAUCCACACAAGACAUACUCAUGCGAUUUCUUGCUUCUUAAGACCAUGCAAGGGUACUAUGUAAGGAAUGUCAAAGACAUCUUUACCGUUGGCCAACUUUGCCCAAAGUACGAAGUACCUGGACCGAAUUCCAAACGAGCGAACAAUCACAUCAGAGAUUUUCUACAGAUUUUUAUCUAUCGCUUAUUUUGGAAAAGUCCAGACACUCCAAGAAGAAUAAAGAUGGACGAUAUAAGAAAAGCAUUUCCAAAACAUUCUGAAAGUAGUGUGCGCAAAAGAUUGAAGUUAUGUGCAGAUUUUAGAAGAACAGGUGUGGAUUGUAAUUGGUGGGUUCUGAAACAGGACUUCCGGUUACCCAGCGAAGAAGAGAUGAGAGCAAUGGUCACACCAGAACAAACUUGCGCGUAUUAUAUUAUGCUGGCUGCUGAACAGAGAUUAAAGGAUGCUGGAUUCGGUGAAAAAUCUUUAUUCGCACCAGAUGACGACGAUAACGAAGAUGACGCUAAAAAAAUCGACGAUGAAAUUCAAACUGCUCCUUGGAACACCACACGAGCAUUCAUUCAGGCCAUGAAAGGCAAAUGUUUGCUGCAAGUCACAGGAGUUGCCGACCCUACUGGUUGUGGAGAAGGCUUUUCAUACGUGCGUGUACCCAACAAACCCAUCACAAAGGAUGAAACAGAAGAACAAAAACAAUCAAAGAAGCAGAAGCUGGUCACAGGGACAGAUGCUGAUUUAAGAAGAUUGAAUUUGAAGCAAGCCAGGUUAUUAUUGAAAGAUUUUGGAGUCUCUCAAGAAGAGAUUCAAAAGUUAUCUCGUUGGGAGGUCAUCGAUAAAGUAAGAACAAUGUCAACAGAAGCUGCAAAACAGGGCACGACUGAAGUGGCCAUGAACAAAUUUGCGCGUGGUUCUCGUUUUACGGUAGCCGAACAUCAAGAGAAAUACAAAGACGAAUGUCAAAGGAUCUUUGAUCUUCAAAACAAAGUGCUUUCUUCCGAUGCAAUUCUAUCUACUGAUGAAGAAAGCAGUGGUGAAGAAGGAAGCGAUAUUGAGGAUUUAGGAAAAGAUUUAGAAAGCAUGCUGUCGAAUAAAAAGAUGUCCUCAGAGGAACACGAAGAAGCCGAGAGAAGAGAAUUACAGAAACUUUUAAGUCAAGACAAAAUUGAAAAAGACCAAAGUAGACCUUCUUCGGCAACUUUUUCGAGGCCUGGAUCUAGCCUGGACAAACUGAGGGGAGAUGCAGAAGAUUCAAUGAAUGGUUAUGAAGCACAUGCUGGUAGACGUCUCGUGAUCAGUCGAACAUUUAAAGAAGGAGGAAGAGAGUUUGUACGAACUGAAACUGUCAAGAAUCAAUUUGUUAUCGAUGCAUACUUGCGAAUCGUAACUCGCGAAAAGAAUUAUCGAGAAGUGUUUGCUAGUCAAGACGAGAAACACAAAGAAGACAUGCGUCGUGAGAGAAGAAGGAUUCAGGAGCAGUUGCGUCGUAUCAAACGGAACGAAGAAAGGGAACGUCUACGCCAACUUCAGCAGAGAAUGAACGGCGAAGGUGGUGAAUCCAUCGUUCAACCGACUCCUGAAGAUCAAGCUAAAAUAGAUGCACUUUCUGAUAAACCAACAAAAAGUCUUAAAUGUGGAGCUUGUGGUGCCUAUGGUCACAUGAAGACGAAUAAAAUGUGUCCAAAAUACACAGAAGUUUCAUCAUACCAUACGACAGAUGAUGAGUUAAACACGGAGGAAAUGUCGAAUAUAGCACAAGACGACCUCAUUAAAGUAGAAGGAACAAAAAUCACCUUGGGUCGGGCCCUCAUAGAAGCGCAUGAAGAUAUGAAAAGAAAGUCGCUCAUGAUACGCAUCCCGAAAGAAAAUGUUAUUCCAGUUACGCCACCACCGCCAACAAAGAAAAAACGCCGCCCUCCAUCCACUACACAAACAAAUGCUGAUUAUUUAGUGCGGCACCACAAGAGUAAGAACAGACGGCGUACUAAUCCAGUGGUCGCUUUAAAUGUAUUGUUGGAACAGGUUGUUACCAAAUUAAAAGAAAUACCCGAUAGUUGGCCGUUUCAUGCUCCUGUCUCAUCAAAGGUUGUUCCCGAUUAUUAUCACGUGAUCAAGAAUCCGAUGGAUUUGCAAACUAUACGAGAGAAUAUCAAGAAAGGAAUGUAUCAUGCACGUGAUGAUAUUUUGGAACACGUGUCUUUAAUACAUUCAAAUUGUGUCCUGUAUAACGGCCAGCACCACCCAUUAACAAAGGUGGCGGAAUCUUUAGUUAAUACUGCUAAUGAUCAAUUAAACUCGAAAGGAAAGGAGUUCACAGAGAUCGAACGUGAAAUCAACCCAUUGUUAGACGAUGAUCCACAGGUUGGAUUUUCAUGGCUGUGCGAAAAUAUUCUUUCCUCCCUCAAAGCAAUGCCAGAAUCAUGGCCUUUUCAUCAACCGGUACCAGUUAAGAUUGUGCCUGAUUAUUAUGACAUCAUCAAAGACCCAAUGGACCUGGAAACUCUUAAAACGCGCUGUCAAGAACACAUGUAUCAGACACGUGAUAACUUUGCACAAGAUGUCCACCUUCUUUACAGCAACAGUCUGGCUUACAACGGAGCUGAACACGCGUUUACCAAGACGGCGAAUAAGAUGAUGACGAAAUUUCAAGGACUUCUUGAAGAGAAUGCUGAAAAGUUUGCGCAGCUCGAAACCGAUAUAAUAAACCAGCCGGAUGAUGAAAUUACAUCCACCAAUCCACCUAGUGUUGCGCAAUCAGAUGUAAUCGAAGAAGAACAUUAUACUUUCGAUCAAGAGGCAUUCAACAAUGCAGCGUUACAACAGCUGUCUCAUAAUGUUGAAAAACAAGUUGUGACAGCCGGAAAUGAAGAUGAAUUUGUUGAUAUAGAAGGUGAGGGUGCUCUUCUGAGUUAUUCGCAACAGCAAUCAUAUCACGAUGGAGUGCAAUAUGAGCAACAAGAUUUUGAGCAACAGCAAGGUUUUGAAAAUAUGAACUUCGAUCAAAACGUCUACAAUGGAGACUACGAAGGUCAACAAGGAUUUCCGGAUUUUCAAUCUGAACUUUACAACGAAACGUACAGCACUGACGAGCCCCAGUCUUCACAGCCUGAAUCUGGAGAAAAUAUCGACCUUGGUUUGUUGUUACUUCAAGAUUUGGUCCAUAGCGACGAAGAUGAUGAAGAUUCUGAUGAUGACAUACCUUUAGAUGACGGUGACGAGGAAAUACCCCUCGAUGACGGUGAGGAGGAGUUUGAAAUGGAAGAAGAGUCACGUGACCAGACAGCUGUAUCUGGCAGUGGUGACGAAGAAGUAAUUGGUGGUGUCAACACAGAAGAAAUUGAACCUGAUGAAGAAGAGGAUGAAGAAUUUCUUGAUGUCGAAAUGAAUGAAAAGUCUUGGUGAAAAUUUCAUUGAGAAGUAAUGCAUCAAAUUAUUGCACUACAAACCACCCGUCGUGUUGAUCGUGUUGCGUUCAACUUGAAAUGUUUUUAUUUGAUCAAUGUUAGAUUUUGUCAACCUCCUAGGUAUAACAGAAACGCUACACAACUACUGAGAAGAUGUGUAACUUUUUAUACAUAGUUCUAAUUUUGUACAUAAAUUGUAAAUAUUUUUUUCCAAAUAUACCAUCUCAUUCAGUGCAAAUAA